AUGUCGGAGCCACGAAAAAACCAUCUCUCCAUAAAUGGAGGUCAAGAUAAUGAAGACGAAAACGUGUCUUCUUACAAGCCAAUUCCAGAAACGGAUACAGAAUUCCGUACCUCGAAGAACAACCUCGCCAAGUCCAAGGAGAAGAUUUCUCCGGACGGCGCUGAAGAGAAGCUUCUGCCCAAGGAAGAAGAAGCCAAGAUCGUCACUAGAGUGGACAUGGCGGACGCUAAGUACGUGGUGGAAGACCACCGAAAUGGCGACGCCAAGAUUGAACUUGAUGCUAAUAAAAGGCAAUUCUCGGGUCUCUCGAAGGAAGAACUGAUGAAGUACGCGGACGAUCCGUUCUGGGUGAACCUCCGUUGGUUCAUGUUCAUUCUGUUUUGGGCCAUGUGGCUGUGUAUGCUGGCUGGAGCCAUCACCAUUAUCAUCAAGGCCCCCAAAUGCCCCCUACAACCCCCGAGGACCUGGUUUGAGGCAGGUCCACUAUUAGAAAUGGGUGAUGCUACUUACGACGAUAUAGAGGUUGAACUGCCAAAGAUGCAGAGCUUCUUAGUGCAGGGUAUAUUCGUGGAUGUACCAACCUAUGAGUACGAAAAACCCACUGUUAUGGAAAGCUUCAAGAAAUUCGCUGCCAAAGCCAAGGAGUACGGCAUCAAAGUAAUCGCAGACUUAAUUCCUAACUACGUUGGCAUUGACCAUGUCUGGUUUAGACGAAGCGUGCAGAAAGACAGUAAUUACACAGACUACUUCGUAUGGCAUGCAGGCAAGGCUGAUUUCGAUGAAAACCAGACCCAACCAAAACUACCCACAGACACUUGGAAAUCCACAUUACACGAUCAUCCCUGGACGUUCAACACAGAACGCAAUGCGUAUUACCUUCACCAGUAUGGAGUGAAUCAACCUGACCUGAACUUUACCAAUGAACGUGUCGUGCAAGAGUUCGAUAAAGUUAUUAGAAGUUGGAUGAAGGCCGGAGCUGCUGGAGUUAGGUUAAACAAGGCUCGCUUACUGCUCGUGAACUCGACUCUGCCAGAGGAACACAUUGCGACUGGCAAAGGCAUGACGCCUGGCCUCAUCCACUACAACUACAACUUCUGGCAGCACAAACACACUAUGGACCUGCCCUUGCUGGACGUGCUGUUGACUCGAUGGGCUGGGGUAGUUGACUCGGUUACUGAGACGCCCGGUGAAGCAGUAUUCACGUUAGCGGAAGAAGGCGAGCAGAAAGAGCUGUUCAUGAUCCGCAACCUGUCGUCGCUGCGUCCGCCCAUGACGGCGCCGCUGUCGGUGGCCGGCGAUCUCACCAAACUCGCCGCAGACAUGAACUUGAGGCUGCGCAAGUGGCCCGCCCUGCAGCUGAACUCUAGUUUCGACGGGGACGAAGAGCUAGCGGUGUUCUCCAUAUUGCUGCCGGCCUCGCCGGUGCUGGAGCCGCACCAGCUGCGGGCAGACAACGACACCGCCAUUACGGAGUCGCUGUCGCACCUGAUACCGCUGCGCGCGGACGCGGCGCUGCAGCACGGACACGCCGAGCUGCGCGCCGUGCCCGAGCGGGACAGCAGCGCCGCCGCACUGCUCGCCUGCGCCAGAUGGAAGGCCGGCAAGUCUGGUUACGUCGCGGUGUACAACCCGUCUGACGAGAGCCGCCGAGCCAACCUCACGGACGUGACGUCACUGCCCGCCACGCUCACGGUGCACCACAUGUCGCACGCAGCGAGACUCCUCGCUAACCAAACAAAUACUUCGGAGUCUGUGGACGACGUGUUUGUCCCUCCCCGGUCCACCGUCAUCCUCUCGUACGUGCCCAAGAUCGAGGUGGAACAAUAA